UCUGCUUUUUUCUCAACGUUAUGGGGAUUCCGGAAUAACUGUACUGUCUGAGCGCUUUAACAUCUGUUACUUCCUAGAGAUGACCUUAUCAACGUGAGUGCCAUUGAAAGCAGUGACUGUGGAGUGGCUAUACAAUGGUCGGUACAGUGGGCACAGUCGUAAGGUCUCUAUCUAGCAUUCUGAUUUUUAGCUUAACUUGCAAAAUCGGAAAUGCUGCAACAUUUGGCGAUUUUGUUGGCGGUAUCGAUUGGCGGGUGUCGGGCUCUCAGCACUGUACAGACGCUUGCGGGGGACCCACACUUCUCCACCCUCGUCUCCUUGGUGACACAGGCCGGCCUCGCGGACACGCUUAACAACGGAGUUUUCACAAUAUUCGCCCCAAAUAACGCAGCGUUUGACAAACUUCCGGCCUCCGUCCUGCAGGCGUUGCAGACAGACGCCGCUCUCCUCAAAAGUGUUCUACUGUAUCACGUGGUUGCGGGCCGAGUGAUGCGGGCAAAUAUGACAGGUGAACACAAAGAGACAUCCGUUCAGGGAAAGCCAAUCAGAAUCAACUUCUACAACCUCCAUGUACGUCGCUCUAAUAUAUCAUGUACAUGUUUUAUUCCAUGUGUUGAUUAAAUGUACGGUGUCGAUA